AUGGCGCUCACGAUAUGGCAUUUAUUGAUUUAUCUUAAUUUAUUCAAGUCCUCAGCUGAACAAGCGCAGACACAAAUCACAUAUCAACGUUGGUCAACACGUGGUUAUCUGUUACUUCUAGUUUUGGCUUUUUCCAUACUUAUAAUUUACAAUCUGUUUAUUGCCGAAAUGAGAUCUAUCGAAGUGAACAAUCCAUCAUUUACAACAGUUAAACAAUUGCAAUCACAAAGUAUCAACGGACUAAUCACGUCUUUACAAUGUUCAUGCAGCAAAGUAUCUAUAUCGUAUGGUAAUUUUAUUCAAUUCCAGCCGUCUUUUCAUCAAGUAUGUUCAAGUGAUUUCAUCUCCACAAACUGGAUUGAUGCCGUUACUAAUUCUGUUACUGGUAAUGAUGGAAUAUUUGGUCUGGAUUUUGCAAACAAUGGACCAUUGUUUCAAUUAUUGAGCUCACUAUGUGAAUUAUCUAAUAACACAGUUGUUAAUUCACUAAAAAAAUUCCAAGAAACACAGUUAGUCAAUGCACAACUUCUAACAGAAGAUCUGUUUGAUAUUCAAGUACUUUCCAUAAUUAAUCAGUUUAUACUGCAAACGACAAAUAAAUUUUUACGUUUUCUGCAACUUUAUUCGAACAUAACUUUUGUUAAUCAACUUCUUUCGGGUGAAUUCAAGAACUUUCUAAUUAAAGUUUCCAAUGCAUCUAUCCCUGUUCCAGUUAUCACAGUAAGAAGUCUAAAUUCUAACAAUGCGACAUGCUUAUGUGCGAAUGAUAUAUACUGUAAAACACCAUCAGCUAUCUAUAGACUUAAUGGUCCGAUAGCAACUGUGUUGUAUUACGUUGUUGGUUUUUAUGCGGCUUGUUUUCCUAUACAAGCUCUUCGUAUGUCAACACUUGAAUGUUUCUAUGAUAAUCAACAUUGUCUUAAUGAUAUGAUUAGAAUUUAUAAUAAUUCAAAUCUUAAUGUUACUCGAUUAAAUUCAUCUUAUAAUGCUAGCCGUUUUCCAAUAAACAGUACAAUAAGUAAUUCACUUGAACAACUAUUUAUUGAAUCAUGGAACCCAACUUCAAUUUACCUAUCUUAUUUUACUCAAUGUCAACUCUCAUAUUGUACUUAUCAAAUUUCGCAGCCAUAUAGUGUAACAGAAACUAUAACGCGAAUUGUUGCUCUUACUGGUGGUUUAACAAUAUCUCUACGUAUUAUCGCUCUCGUGAUUGCUGCACUAGUGAUACACCUCCUACAGCGACAUCAGAUUGAACAAUCUAUCGAAUUAGUCACAUUCUCUCGAAAGAUUUAUGUAUGGGCCAAGAAACUAAACGUAUUUGACACGGUGAUGAAUAAUAAAACAAUCGAAGAGCAACGUCGAGGAACCAGAGUUUAUUUAGUUCUUUUGAGCAUAACGUUAUUAAUAUUUGGCCUUAACAAUUUACUGAUCUAUUCUUCAUUUAUCACCGUAAUAUAUAAUCCAUCUCUUGAAGAAUACGAACAAUUACAACAACAGUAUAGUAUUGAUGCUAUUAAUUGUCCUUGUUUCCAUUUCUCGAUUCCUUAUUCAUCAUUCAUUGAACUUGAAUUCGAUUUACACCAAGUAUGUGGUAGUGAAUUUGUUUCGGAUUGGUAUAUCAAAGAAUUGUUUCAAAUAUACAAUCAAUUGAACUAUUUUCAUGCAAAAUGGAAUGCGUUUACACUUCAAGGUACAUGUUUCACGCAGUUUCAAACACUUGCCGUGUUGUGUAGUCACGUAAAAGAUAUUAUAAAUGAUGGCCGUCAACAAUUUCUUGCAUCAUCAGUUAUUUCUGCUAACAUAAUUGAUAAUAGUGCUUUGAACACACAAAUAAAUACGUCUUUGAUGAAAUUUCAAUCGACAUUGCCCAAUGUUUUUCUAAAUACUUUUCAUCUUUUACGUGGUAUGAUACAAAGCAAUGGAAUGGUAUCAUCCUAUUCAACUAAUUGGUAUCUUCAAAUGAAAGAUGUUGUUCAAUAUGCAACAGUUUAUUUUCAUCCACAAUUUUAUAACAAUUGCAAUUGCGCUACAUCAUCAACAUGUACUCAAUCGUCAACUCCUUUUAUUCUUGGCUAUUUUGUUGGAUGUACCCCGCUAGAAUCACUUCUUCAAAGCACAUUUGAAUGUUUUUAUAAUCAAUCAUGCGUCGAUCUACUAGUUACCUAUUUAAACAUAUCUUUACCUUCUUCUAUCGUUACAUUAAACAAAAACGAAACACGAUUUAGUAUGAAUGAUACUAUUGAAUCAAUCGUUGAAGAGAUAUUUAUUGAAAGAUGGUUAUCUAAUAUUUCAUAUGCAAAAUUCUUUGAACAAUGUAAACCUGUCGCAUGUUAUAUCACCGUUACACACCGAAACAGUUUUCUAUUUGCUGUUACAACAGUACUAGGUCUUCAAGGAGGCCUAGUAACAUUUUUUAAGCUAGUCGUUCCGUGGCUCCUACUAUCUGUUGAAAAAUUAGCACAAAGAUUUAUGCCACGCACUCAAUCAAGAGUGCACACAACAAUGGCAGUAUUUACUUGA